GAGGGAAAGCACGACUCUUGAGGGGCGGUGUCUGAACCGUGAGCGAGCGAGCGAGAGAGAGAGAGAGCGGAGCAGAGAAGUCGAGCAGGAUGCAGACCAUAAAGUGUGUGGUGGUGGGCGACGGCGCGGUGGGCAAGACCUGCCUGCUGAUCUCCUACACGACCAACGCCUUCCCGGAGGAGUACAUCCCCACCGUGUUCGACAACUACAGCGCCCAGAUGAGCGUGGACGGCCGCACGGUCAGCCUCAACCUCUGGGACACGGCCGGCCAGGAGGAGUACGACCGCCUGCGCACGCUCUCCUACCCGCAGACCAACGUCUUCGUCAUCUGCUUCUCCAUCGGCAGCCCGUCGUCGCACGCCAACGUGCGGCACAAGUGGCACCCGGAGGUGUCCCACCACUGCCCCAGCGUGCCCGUGUUGCUGGUGGGCACCAAGAAGGAUCUGCGCAACGACCCGGACACCCUCUCCAGGCUGAAGGAGCAGGGCCUGGCGCCGACCACGCACCAGCAAGGCAGCGCCCUGGCCAAGCAGAUCGGCGCCGUCAAGUACCUGGAAUGCUCGGCGCUCAAGCAGGAAGGCGUGCGGGAGGUGUUCGCAGAGGGGGUGAGAGCGGUCCUCUACCCCAACGUCAAGAAGAACAGCAAGAAGUGUGUGCUGCUAUAGUCUUGUGAUUAGG